UUUGAUCAUCAUGUUGACCAAAAAAGGAAAAAAAAACUAUUGAAGUUGCGGAGUUGCUAACAAACAUAGAUUACGUACGUGCGUAAGUCACGUGGUUCACGGAAGCCGUAGGUAUAUUAAUCUGUAUGUAUUGUUGUCUGCUUGUUACGCCGUCCUGAGUGAGACAAAGCGUAUUGGAUGGACGUAUGUUUCAACAUUUUGUUAGCUGGGGGUUAACAAUCCUGCAUUAAAUUAUGCUCCACAACGUCCAACUACUGCGCAUGACUUCCUUCCUCUCCGCAAUAAAUGCCCAUUCUUUUCUCCUAACCAUAUUUCUCAGCUUCAAACUAUCAACUACUUGUUCCUUUUUCCCUCUAUUGUCUUUAUGCCUAUGUGGCUUGUAAUAUUCUCAUUCUAAACAUAUCUCUACAUUCUCCCUGGACAAGCAGAAAGAUACAAUAGCCAUGGAGAUCGAUAAAGAGAUCGAUGACAACAACACAACAGCUGAAAACAACAGCAGCAAGAAAGCACUCAAAGCGCGUAGACGCCGCUGUCUGAUCGCAGUUGGAGCCACAAUUAUAGUCCUCAUCUUGGUUAUCUUCAUCGUCAUCCUCGUCCUUGCCUUAACAAUUUUCAAGCCCAAGCAACCGAUAACCAAGCUUAUCUCCACAACUGUUGUAGGUGUUACCCCUCACCUCACCUUACCCGUGGUUCAACUCGAACUUAACAUCACCCUCAACCUGGAGAUCCUAGUUAAGAACCGGAACUAUGCUAGCUUUAGGCACAAUGGUGGAACAAGCUUGUUGUUUUAUGGGAACAAUCAAGUGGGGAAUGCUGAUAUCUUCCCUGGAAAUAUUCCGGCUAGAGGCUCCGCCACGCUAUCAUGCCGGCUGGUCAUCGAGGUGGACCAGAUUGUUGGUGCGGACUUAAGUGGGCUGAUCAGUGCUGUUCUCUCUGGUCAGCUCCCCAUGGAAACAAGGACAAAUAUUCCUGGUAAGGUUACCUUUCUUGGACUUAUCAAGAAACAUGUGGUGGCUGUAUCAACAUGUCAGUUCACCGUUGGUCUUUUUGACAUGAAGAUCGCCAACCAGGUUUGUGACAGCGAGACAAUAACCUGAGAGUUUCUCACAGAUCAGAGGAAAUAAUUUAUGGCUCGGCUCUGGCGCCAGUCAUUUGAAGCAUCACUGGACAAGAAUGAUUUAACAAACAACAAAAACUAUAUAUAUUUCUGUAACUAUCGCUGUGAUUUUUCUAUACGGAAAUGUUCUGUUUUUUGUGUAGUCCCAACAGACUUUUUCUCGAGUUCGUAACUCAUACUACUUUUACUGUGAA